CUUUGCGGCUCAGAGGAAGCAGCAUCAGGUGCAAGAGGCCAGGCCGAAGGCUGGCACACAUUCCCCUCUCCCUUUCUGCUUUUCCCCUCCUCUCCUCUCCAGUGAAAAGGAAACCAGAGAACGAUGCCCUCCUAGAACACACUCCAAGGAUCCCCACCGAGAUGUAUAUAGCCUCGUGGUACCAAUCCAUUGGUUGCGACAGGAAUUCCGGCGGCGGAUAAUCAGUUAGCAUCAUCCUGUCCUGCUCUGCUGGUCUAGCUAGCUAGCCCGGUCCAUGCAAAUGCCGUUCUGCCCCAAGCUGUGGGAUCGGAGCCCGGUCCCGCCGGCGAACGCCAUCGCCGUCAAUGGCACCGUCGUCGUCGCCAACACCUUCGGCCUCUCCGCGCCCGGCAAGUCCACCACCCUGCGCCUCUUCAGCGGCACCCAAAUCGACCACGAGACGGGGAAGGGGAAGCUGAGCCCGGAGGCCCCGCUGAGGGGCGGCAAGAAGAGCAAGCACGGGAAGACGAGCACGACGACGUACCACGUCACGUUCGUGGUGGACGCCGACUUCGGCACGCCGGGGGCCGUGUCCGUCCGGAACGGGAACCGCGCCGACCGGUUCUUCCUCCGCCACGUGCGGCUGGAGCUCGCCGAGGACCGCAGCAUCCACUUCGAGUGCAACUCCUGGGUGUACCCCUACAAGAAGACCGCCGCCGACCGCCUCUUCUUCGUCAACACGAGCUACCUGCCUUCCAAGACGCCGGAGGCGCUGGUGCUGCUGCGGGACGAGGAGCUGCGGAGCCUGCGAGGGGACGGCAAGGGAGAGCGCAAGGACUGGGAGCGCAUCUACGACUACGACCGCUACAACGACCUCGGCAACCCCGACAACCCGGAGCACGUCCGCCCGGUCGUCGGCGGCACCCGGACGCACCCCUACCCGCGCCGCUGCCGGACAGGCCGUGCCAUCAGCAACACCGACGGCGUGACGGAGACGCGCAAGCACGUGAUCAACCUGGACUUCUACAUCCCGCCGGACGAGCGGUUCAGCCCGGGGAAGCUGGAGGAGGUGCUCAAGCUGGGGGUGCAGGCGGUGACGCACUUCGUGAUCCCAGAGGCGAGGACGCUGGUCCACGGCAACGACUUCAAGUCCAUGGAGCAGCUGAGGAAGGACCUGUACAGCAGGCCCGUGCAGCCGGCGGUGGACGGCGAGGUCAUGGAGAGGCUCAAGUCCUCCGUGCCGUCCCACAAGACCUACAAGCAGGUGGCCAAGGCCGUCAAGGAGGAGCACCCCGCCAAGUUCCCCAUCCCGCAAGUCAUCCAGCAGGAUCCUGAGGCGUGGAGGAGCGACGAGGAGUUCGCGAGGGAAAUGCUUGCAGGGCUCAACCCUGUUGCCAUCAAGAGAUUACAAACGUUUCCGCCGGUGAGCAGUGGCGGGAAGAGGAGCUCGAUAACCGCCGAGCACAUCAAGAGCCAGCUUGGAGAUGUAACCAUUGAAAUGGCAAUGCAUCAGAAGAGGCUGUACAUCCUGGACCACCAUGACUACCUGAUGCCGUACCUGAGGCGCAUAAACACGCUGGGCGUGUGCAUCUACGCGUCGCGCACGCUGCUGUUCCUCAAGGCCGACGGGACCCUCAAGCCGGUCGUGAUCGAGCUGAGCCUGCCCAGCGACGGCGAGGGCGACACCGAGCUGAGCCGGGUCUUCCUCCCCGCGACCCACGGCACCGAGGGCCAUCUGUGGCAGCUCGCCAAGGCCCACGUCUCCGUCAACGACUCGGGGUACCAUCAGCUCAUCAGCCACUGGCUGUUCACGCACGCGGCGGUGGAGCCGUUCAUCAUCGCGACCAGGAGGCAGCUGAGCGCCAUGCACCCCAUCCACAAGCUCCUGGAGCCGCACUUCAAGGACACCAUGCAGAUCAACACCCUGGCCAGGAGCAUACUGCUCAACGCCGGCGGCAUCCUGGAGCGGACCAUGUACCCGGGGAAGUACGCCGUGGAGAUGUCCUCCGCCAUCUACGGCGACUGGAGGUUCACCGAGCAGUCCCUGCCAAAUGAUCUCCUCAAGCGGGGGAUGGCCUCCAGCUCCAAUGAGCCCGGCGGCCUGACCCUGCACAUCGAGGACUACCCGUACGCCGUCGACGGCCUCGAGGUAUGGCACGCCAUCGACGGGUGGGUGCGCAGCUACUGCGCCCACUUCUACCACAGCGACAAGGAGGUGGACGGCGACGCGGAGCUGCAGGCGUGGUGGCACGACGUCCGGACCGUCGGCCACGGCGACCGGCAGGGCGACCAGGCGUGCUGGCUGGCGCUGGACACCGUCGACCACCUCGCCCAGACGCUGUCGACGCUCAUCUGGAUCGCCUCCGCGCUGCACGCGGCCGUCAACUUCGGGCAGUACGCCUACGCGGGGUUCCCGCCGAACCGGCCCACCCGGUGCCGCCGGUUCGUGCCGCUCCCGGGGUCGCCGGAGAUGACGCAGCUGGAGGCCGACCCGGAGAAGUUCUUCCUGGAGAUGGUGCCCGACAGGUUCACCGCCACGCUGGGGCUGGCGCUCAUCGAGGUGCUGUCCAACCAUACCUCCGACGAGGUCUACCUCGGGCAGCGCGCCACGUCCACGUGGACGGACGACGGCCAGCUGCUGCGCCUGCUGGACCGGUUCCGGGAGGACCUCCGGCGGGUGGAGAGGCGGGUGGAGGAGAGGAACAAGGACCCGCGGCUCAAGAACCGGAGGGGGCCGGCCAAGGUGCCGUACACGCUCUUGUUCCCGGAUGUCGCCGGCCAGGAGAAGGGGCUCACGGGGAAAGGGAUACCCAAUAGCGUCUCCAUAUGA